ACGAGCAUGGACGUCGUGCGGAAAGACAUCGAUCAUUAUUUUCAAAAUAAUUUAAGUUCAAACAUAAAUUAGUUAAGCGUGUUUAACAUAAUUAAUUGAAUUCCUAUUAUUUACACUUGCUUUGAAUGUUCUUUUUUAUGUAUUCCAAAAGCCGCUUGUCAGGUUAUAAUAAAUUUUCGCGACUGCUAUUCCUAAUCGAACAAGUCUUCUUUAAAUAUUAUUGUGAAAGUUUGUUUAUAAUGUUAUAAAAAUGAAGUGCCAUUACGAUGUUUUGUGCGUGGCGAAGGAGGCAAGUGCUUCAGAAAUAAAGAAAUCCUACAGAAAACUCGCGCUGCAGUGGCACCCUGAUAAGAAUUUAGAGAACCUACAAGAAGCGAAAGAGCAUUUCCAACUUGUACAAAAUGCAUAUGAAGUACUGUCCGACCCCCAAGAAAGAGCAUGGUAUGACAACCAUAGAGAGCAAUUGCUGCGUGGCGCUGGCAGCUCCUACAAUGAUGACAGCCUUGAUGUUUAUCCCUACUUUAGUCCGUCCUGUUAUAAAGGUUUUGGUGAUAAUCCCCAGAGCUUCUAUGGAGUUUACUUUGAGGUAUUCUCUAAGUUGGCGUCUGAAGAAACAGAUUUCCUGGAUGACCCAGAAGAUGUUAAUCAUAUCCCCAAGUUUGGUAACUCCACUACACCUUAUGAAGAAGUACAUGAGUUCUAUGCCUUUUGGAUGUCAUUUUCUACUAAUAAAAGUUACGUUUGGCUAGAUCAAUAUGAAAUAUCCCAAGGUGAUAACCGUCGAAUAAUCAAGUUAAUGGAAAAGGAAAACAAUAAAAUAAGGCAAAAAGCACGCAAAGAAAGAAAUGAAGAGAUUAGAAGGCUAGUUAGCUUUGUUCGCAGAAAAGACAAGCGGGUCAUUGAACAUACAAAGCAGCUGCAGGAAAAGGCUGAAGAAAAUAAAAAGAAGGCAGAACAAUUACGAAGAGAGAGAAUAAUUCAAAGGCAGAAAGAAAUAGCAGAGGCAAAAAAGAAAGAAGGCGAGUCAUCUUUUCUGCAGAGUGAAGAGUAUCAGAAAAAACUUAGUGAAAUUGAGUCCUUACUGGCUGAAGAGUUUGGGAUAUCUUCUGAUGACGAUACCAUUAGCGAAGGUGGCAUGGAGAGCAGCAAUGAAGAAAGUUCUAAGACUGAGGAGGUUAGCGAGACUUCUAGAGCAGCGAAAUCGUCAUCUAAGAACAAAUCUGCCAUUAAAAACCUAUAUUGCUCGGCUUGCAAUAAGCUAUUCAAAAAUGUGAACUCAUUCGAAAAUCAUGAAAACAGUAGGAAACAUAAAGAAAAUGUUGCCAACAUGACUCUAGGUGACGAUAUUGAAAUAUCUGAUCCUGAUGGUAAUGACGUACAGGAGAGUCCUAAGAAAACAAAGGAGGAUAAAAUUAAUGGGCAGACUGAGGAGGAAUGCGACAACUCCACAUCGGAUAUUGAGGAUAAUGAUAUACGAGAAACUUUGAGUGAUGAUUCCGAUCAAAUACAGGCUUUGCCUAAAAGUCAGAAGAAAAAGAAGAAUAAGAAGAAAGCAUUUAUUCCCAUGCCUGAGAGUGAGGGCAAUGAUAGCCACGAUGAGAUGAGUUUUAAUGAAAUUGAGGGCCCAUCUAGAUGCAGAAAAGCCAAGAAAUUCAACAUGCUGAAGAGUCAAAUUCAGGCUAAGAAAGAAGCUGAUCUCAAAAAAGGAUCUCAAUCUCAGACUUCCACUGAAAACUUGUAUGAAGUUUCCAGCACAACACCUACAGAUGAUCCUUUAGGUGAAUCUGCCUUCCCUAGAGACAGGCCUGCAUUACCUAAGACUCAAAGAAAUGUAAAGGUCAAGAAGCUAGUUGAAAGGAAACCAGUACGAACAAAAGCUAGUGAAACUGAAGAUUCCAGUAGUGCAUUGACUCUUAGAUGUGUUAUUUGCCAAGCAGAUUUCCCAUCCAAGAAUAAAUUGUUUGAACACUUAAAAAAAACAGGUCAUUCCGUACCACUUCCCCAAACUAGCUUCACACAAAAGAAAGGAAAAAAAGGUAAUAGGUAAAAUGUGCAAUGAAAUUUUAGAUAGGAAGAGAAGUAUUAAUUUAUCCAUUGAGAAAUCAAAAUGAUAUCACAUCAGAUCCUAAAAAACUAUAAAGUGACUUUAUCAAUCUAUUUAUUAAAUUUAUGAAUUAUGAUCACUCAAUAAAGUAUGCCUAAUGAAA